AUGGCCUUGCCAAAGAUCAGCACUCCGAUAACGGAGAUGUUUGGCAUUCAGCACCCGAUCAUGCUCGCCGGUAUGAACAUCGCCGCGAGCCCCGAGCUGGCAGCCGCUGUUACAAACGCAGGUGGCUUGGGCGUCUGGGGCGGUGUCAACUACAAGCCGAAGAUGUUUCGAGCGAAGCUUGAGGAGCUGAAGGAGAAGCUAAAUGACAAGAAUGCGCCGUUCGGUGUGGACCUUUUGAUUCCGCAGGUGGGGGGUGACGCCCGUGCAACGAACUACGAUUACACCGGAGGAGACCUCCCGGAGCUCAUCGACAUCACCAUCGAGAUGGGCGCGAAGCUCUUCGUCUGCGCUGUCGGCGUGCCUCCGAAGUUCGCGGUUGACAAGCUUCACGCUGCCGGUAUUCCCGUCAUGAACAUGAUCGGAGCUCCCAAGCACGUCAGCAAGGCGUUGGAGUCCGGCGUUGACAUCAUCUGCGCUCAGGGCGGUGAAGGCGGAGGCCACACCGGAGACGUUGCCACAGGCAUCCUGAUCCCAAUGGUGGUGGAUAUGUGCAAGGGUCACAAGUCUCCUCUGACCGGAAAGCAAGUUGCUGUCGUGGCCGCUGGCGGUAUCGCAGACGGCCGCCACCUUGCCAUGUCCCUCGCGCUGGGCGCGGAUGGUGUUUGGGUGGGAACGCGUUUCGUUGCCUCGGUUGAAGGAGGCGCACCCCCGAAGCACAAGGAGGAUCUUUGCAAGGCGAGCGUGCACGACACCCACCGGACAGAGAUCUACACUGGCCGUCCGAUGAGAAUCAUCAAGAACAAGUAUUCCGUGAGCUGGGAGGAGGAUCGCUCCAAGGAGAUGAGGGAAUGCUUGAAGUCAGGGCUGAUUCCAUACAAGAAAGACGAGAAGCUCAUGGAGGAGAAGCUCCAAGGAAAGCAUCAGGAUGUUCCUGUUCCUGUCGGUCUUGAAUCAGGUCAUCCGUGGCUUUGUGGACAAGUCGCUGGCAUGAUCACCGACGUUCUGCCUGCAAAGACCAUUGUCGAUCAGAUGGUGGAGCAGGCCGCAACGAUGCUCCAGGCCAACAGCGCGAAGGUGAGCUGGAAGCCUCAGCAUCGUGAGGAUGCUGAGCGUCGAAAGGUUUGCUCGCAGUUGGCAGCUGCCUGCCUGCUUCACCUGCUCUGUGCGUACAGAUGCUUCGGUGAGGAGCAGAACCGCUCGGGCAUGGCUUCCGAAGCUCCUGGCGACGUGCGAGAGGAGGAGGCGCUUCGGCUUCGCGACAAGCGCUGCGAGGAUAAUGUAGCCCUGGGCUGGCGGUGGCUCUGCCAAGGGAAGGCAUCGGAGGCGGAGAUGUGUUUUCAAAUGGCGCUUGAGGUGGAUCCACACUCUGCUGCGGCCUACAACGGCCGUGGCAUCGCGAAGGAGAUCUUGGGCAAGUCCGGCGAAGCACAGAGGGACUUCGCCCGGGCGGACAAGCUGUCGGAGGACGGCGAAGUGCGCGAGAGGCUGCAGCUGGUGCGCAAGCAGUGGAAGCCGAUCGACUCCGAUGCUCGCAUAGCUUGCGCGGAGCCGGAUGGCACGACAGAGGCCUCGGAGGCCGACUUCCUCGUUUCUUUCGUCACCCCCAGCAACAUCACCAACAACCUCAUCCUGCAUCAGCUCGGGCAGGGCGUGCAUUUCAAGAAAGAAUUCCGCGCUGUCAGCUUCUGCCACGACCGAUCGCUGGGAAUGGAAGAGUGCAUGGAGACGGGGCUGUGCCAGGGGCGCUGGGAUGCCGCGUUAUGCGGAGAGCCGACCCAGUCGCCGCGCGAGUUCCCAACCACAGCCUGGUUCCUGCGCUACAAGGAGGCUGCGGCGCGGACGCGGCACGGCAUCCUCAUCUUGCAGCUGACGACGCACUACUUUCUGUCGAAGGCCUGCGGCUGGGCCUUCGGGUACAUGCGGAAGCCCGAGUUGGUGCACGUCUUUGUCUUGGGCAUGGAAGGUCCGCAGAUCCUCUGCUGGCCGGAGCUCGUGGAGAGCCCAAAGCUCUGCCGCCGGGGUUUCGGCCCCGAGCCAUGGUACGUCGAGCCGGCGAUCAUGGGCGUGGAGGAUCUGCGCCAGGACUUCGCGGAGGCUCGGAGCCUGCCGAUGUCGGAGCGGCACGAGGUGGCGGAAGCGGAGUACCGGGCGCGCUGCGAGCUGCCAUGCUGGGAGGUGGGCUACGCCUUGACCCGGAAUCAGCAGAACACGGCCGUGGGAAUCUUGGCUGUCGGCGAGCUGAUGGAAACAUGCAUGCGAGCCGGCCAGGCGCAACGGGCCAGCGAGCUUGGCAUCCGCUUGCUCGAUGUCCUGGAAGGAAGUUGCGAUCCAGAUAACCCCCGCAUCUCCCUGGCUCUCUCCAAUCUGUCCGUGGCUAUCGACGAUCUCGGAGAUCAACGCUGGAGGAAGGAACUGUUGGAGCGCAGCAUCGAGAUUGCCGUGCGGGACUACGGCCCAAAGCAUCCAGAAGUGGCUAUGGUGCUAAGGAAUCUUUGCAACCACAAAACGCCCGGACAUUUUGUGAAACAGAUGGAGCUGCUGCUGAAAAGCCUGGAGGUCGUGGCUCAACGAUGCCCCUCCGGGCAUGAGCACGACGAUGCUUCGAGAAGCAAUCUCGAAUCUCUCGACUGUCGGAAGCAGAAGGAUCAGGAGACCAACGAACAGCCACUGCCGGGCAGAUCUUAA